AUGGUAUACGGUUGUGGAAAUUCGUGUGUGAAGUUCCUAUUUUUCCUAGUGAACCUAUGUAUUUGCAUCUUUGGUUCACUUAUCUUUGGUGUCUCGUUAUGGGCAAAUUUGGACAAGAACUUUGGUUCACACCUGGCUGAUUUUGUUCGUAAGGUCGACGGAGCUGACCAUAGACAUAUCGAUGAAAUAUCGAAGUAUCAAGCAUCCUUAUGGGUUCUCGUAGCGGUUGGAGCGCUUUUGUUCUGUGUUGGAUUCCUUGGAUGUUGUGGUGCAGCAUGUGAAAGUCCAAUACUUCUUGGAUUGUUUUUUUUCAUCGUCAUGGUCCUCACUGCCAUUGAAGUCGGUGCAACGAUUUUUGCCAUGUCGAAUAGGGGGAAAUUCAUCGAAGCAAUCCAGAAGGUUCUGCAAUCUUCAUCAGGCACGCCUGAGAUGCGUCGUAACCUUAAGCCAAUCCAAGACCUUUUCAAAUGUUGUGGUGCUACAUCUUUAACAAAGCACUUAUACAUAAGUGAUGGUCUUUGUACUGCGCCUGACUGCUUCGAACGUAUCACGCACAUGGUGGAAUCGUCAGGUGAAGUGAUCAUAGUAAUCGGAUUCGUUCUGCUUGCCAUCGAGAUAUGUUCACUCAUUUUUUCCUGUAUCCUCUGUCGUGCGUCGCGUGAAAUUCGUUACGCAGGAUACUAUUCCUAA